AAUCAUCUCAUGCCAAGUAAAGUGGGGCAAAUUGUCCAAUCUCCCGCGAUUCUCCUCUCCUCUCCUCUCCUCUCUCUCGAUUCUCCUCGCGCCGCCAUGCCGUUCUUCCUCUGCCUCCGGUCCAAGCAAAGACGAAGAGGAGACCCCAAGAUCCAGCCGCGCCUUCUUCUCACCCUCGAUCUGCUCCUCUUGGGCUCUUCGUUCGGAUGGAUGAAGCUCUCGUCGAUGGGCACGGCGACGGCGACGUUUAGAGGCGACGCUCAACUAUGCGUGGGAGAUGGCGUGGAAGAGCAGCUCGCGGAUGACGACUAUGAUGUUGCCUGGAUGUUUGACGAUGACGAGUCUCUCAAGCUCGUCGCCGGCCGUCGAAUCGUCUUCAAGCUAGCUUCACGCGCUGGUGAGUCCAAUCCAGCCCAGCCCCUCCCCCGUGAGAGUGCAGCUCUAUCGAGCCCGAGGUGACCCCAUGGCAAGGCAGGAGACACCGCACCUUGCCACUUUCUCAGUCCCAUGCCGAACAAGAGAAGGUGAGGACGACGAGCUAAGGUCAGCCACCUUUCAAUUCGCCCUGCGUGUUCGUGGUGGCCUGAUGAUGCCGGAUGUUGUGGCUGGGCUGGAGUACGCCCUCGAGACCAUUUGCUAGGGCGACACCAUGUUUCCCCAUCGCCAUCAUCCUCGCUGCAGGUGCGCUUCAUUGCAGGACCCCCUCCCUCCUCUCCCCCAGCUCACCUACGAUCUUCUUAUUUUGUGGUUCAAUAGAAUGGAACACUUGGAUCCAUGCCCGCCCGCCACCCACCAGCUGUAAUGCAGGGAGGUUAAGCCAUGAGCGUAGAGUUGCCAUUGCUAAAAAUGGUGGUGCUACUGAGCUGUAGUCGACACAGCGGAAGUGCCGUGUGCCAUGUCCAUUGGCUGAGCGGCUAGGUGGAGUUGCCGCUAUUGAAAAUGGUGGUGGUACCAUGAGGAAGCAGUGAACUUGCACUGCCUUAAAUGCACCAACGAUGGUGUUAUUCAAAGAUUUCUUAAGCUAGAAUAUCGAUAUUUAGUUUGGAUGAAAUAGUUAGGUCUAUCGCAAAAGGCAUGACUAUCUUGCCUAAAUAAAUGCUUUAUGCCCGUACCAUAUACUUUCUCCAGUCGAAAACUUCCCUUUAUUUUGUAGGAAACAAGAGAAAAAGCUAGUUCUGAUCUCAUGGUGUGCAUGUAGUAUUGUGGAACUCCCAUGCUCUAAAAAGGGCAACCAAAUUGUGCAGAUUAAUCUCUUGCUUGGAUGUUUCUGACGAACUAUGACCGCUUUAUAAUUUUGUUCCUGGUAUGGAUUGUUCAUUGCCAUUUUAUUAUUUUUCCUGAUAAUAUAUGGAUGUUCAUUGCAUAAUCCAUUUGCUUUUCAUCCGUGUUUUACUAUUUUUUUAUGGUCAUGUUCUAUUGUGUAUCUUUGUAAAGAAUCAGCAAAUUAUUUAUCUGCUUGUUGCUACACAAGGAUUAUGGUUUUGCUUCACAUGAAGGAGAAGAGAAAAAAAACGAAAGGUAUAAAUGAUCUGCCCAGUAGCCAUCAAGAUUUUAGCUAUCUUUUUUUUCUCAAACGGUCAUAUGAUAGUAUUUUUAGUGCUCUUUGUCAUUUAGUUUAAAUCUAUGCAGUAUUGCAGUUACAAAUACAUCUUUAGUUUAGGGGAAUCUUACCAGAUAAGAUAGUCUAAUCCUGGAGUGUCAGUAAAUUUACAUUUUCAGAUAGGACCAGUAAAAUGGAUAGCAUGGUUUAAGCUUGGCUCAUGUAUUGGUUGUGCUUUUCUUCUUCUCAUUUUUCGUGAAUGUUACUCACUGAUUUACAGGGAUGGAAGAUUUGUUGCUUGAUGUACGUAGCUAGCAAACAAUUGGAUCAGGUUUCAGGAAGUGUUCAUGUACGUUUCUUUGUCGUAUAUUCACUGGAACAUUGUUAUCAAACUGUGUCAUGGAGGUUCAUUAGUACACAUGUCCCAGUCAUUAAUUAUUCAGUAAAUGAGUGCUUAUGUCCUCAACUAUCGGGAGGAAUAGUUGUUGGAUAUCAAAACUUACAUUUUAACAAGCACUUCUUGCGUUAUUUGUUUGUUCUUGAUUUUUAUUUAAUCCAAAAGCCCUUGAUUUGAAGACAACUGCCACUGCACACUUAGGGAUGGCAGUAGCAAAACAUGUUUGAAGCAGGGGCAGGAAGAAGAAUUCAACAACUGAAUGAGCAUGAUCUUCUCUUAUUAGGAGGACAAGCCCUCAUCUGCUAACAAGUGACUCGUCGUCUGAGGAAGAAGAGCAACCAGAGCAAUCGACAAUGUGCGAGUAUGUCUGCUUCAUGCUUUACAGGGAGCCGGAUGGCUGUCCUAAAUAGAGGGUCGAUGUUGUGAACAUAUUCGCAGGAGGCGCCAUGGCGCAGGCCUUUGCACGAGGUGAAGUUGGGAACAUCUUCAUAUCCUGAUCAUCUGAAAAUCUUUUCUGCUUGCUAUAGUACUCUGUUUCAUGAUGCACUAUUAAAUUUAUUCUAACUUUUAUAAAUAUUAGGUGGCUGGUUAAUUUAUCCACCCAUUAGGUUUCUCACUUUUUCUUCUCAAUUUUAUAAAUGUCCGGUGCUUGAAGAAUCACAUUAUUUUCACUAUAUUAGUAUAUGAGGAUUGAGUUUGUUUCUUAUUUAUUUUGAAAGUGAGUAUCAGUUUUGAUUAGUCAUUAUAUUUGACCCUUUGAUAGUGAGUUGAUAGAAAAAUUUCUCAUUUCAAAAUCCCUCGCUUCAUCCCCUCCUCUUCGAAGAUCUAUUCGUUUUGUGAAUUUUUUGUUUCAGGUUCUGAAGAGGAGGUUUCUGCACCCUGGUUCAUGUCUUUAGUGGGAAAAUUAAUGUGAUGCCUGGCUGAUUGGUGGUGAAUCAGAUCUAGCACAGAAUCACAUGUUACAUCAUUACCAUUAUGAGUAUGGUUUAAGUAUCUUUGGUUGAAUUCGUGGAUUGUCUCUUCUGCAGUUUGUGGAUUGUUAUCCUUCAUUAAGGUGUUUUGAUUGACUAAAUAGAAGCGGAUCAAGAACCUUUGUCCUUGGUCCUCUAAUGCCACCCUUUGUAUGAUAUUUUUGUCAUCUAGAUUUGAUUAUGUUCAUAUUGAUAGUAAUUCCUCUUGUGUUUUUCUUAGUAAUUGCACGGAGAUCCCUUUUGUGAUUGCUUAGUAAUUGCUCGUGUGUUUUUUCUUCUCAGUACUUCUCGUUGUCCUUCACCGGAAUACCAGUUAAAAACAUGCCUAUCAAAUCUCCAGUUAGAAAUAUCAGGCCCGUGUGAUAAAAGGAGCCGUUAACAACCAACUGGAUGAAUAACUGCUCGUGCUACAUACGCGUGUGUUGAACGAUUUUCCUAGCCGUUUUGUUGGAGGGUGCUAACACACAUGCUAAUCAAAGCAUUAAUCAAGGUCAUGUACGUAUUAUACCUACCGCAAACGCGCACAGUACCGCCAAAAGUGCUGGGUACCUACCUGGCACCGCAAAAGAAGGCCUCAGGAGGCGCGCCAAUGGCGCGCCCCAACCCCUAGUAUAGAGAUAAUAAGAGUCUAAAAUUAGUGCAGCGAGACAGCAAAGGUGAAAAAUGAAACGGCCUCGCCAUCAGAAGUUGAAAACGAGAUCCCGACGGAAAGAAUGGUCAGAUCUCGUGGCCACGCCACGCAACAUGCAGAGCCACCGCCCCGCCCCCGAAGACCACGUCCGAGAAGAAAGCAGAAGCGCACGAGCCCAACCAACCACCAGGGCGCGCGCGGCGGCGACGAGGACAACCGCCUCGCCUGCGAGACGCUCGGCAUUCAUGUCCGUCCCCUCCGACUCCGGCCAGGAGACACCGCGCUCGGCGACCGAGGGCGGUCGGGCGCGCCUCCAGGACGACCAGCUGGGGCAGCUCCGGGAGCUCUUCCUCCGCUUCGACCUCGACGGCGACGGCAGUCUCACCAAGCUCGAGAUAGCCGCGCUGCUCCGCUCGCUCGGUCUCCGCCCCGCCGAGGGGGACGAGAUCCACACACUCAUCGCCUCCAUGGACGCCGACGGCAACGGCACCGUGGAGUUCGACGAGCUAACCUCUUCCCUCUCGCAGCUGCUCCUCGGGCCCGGCCGCUCCUCCGUCGCCGUUGACCACGAGCAGCUAGCCGAGGCCUUCCGCGCCUUCGACCGUGACGGCAACGGAUACAUCUCCGCCGCCGAGCUCGCGCGCUCCAUGGCGCAAAUGGGGCACCCCAUCUGCUACGCGGAGCUCAACGACAUGAUGCGCGAGGCCGACACUGACGGCGACGGCUCCAUCAGCUUUGAGGAGUUCACCGCCAUCAUGGCCAAGUCCGCCGUCGAAUUUCUCGGCCUCGCCGCGUUGUGAGCGAGGAUGAAGGGAUUCCUCCGCUCCCUCCGGUUAGAGCCUCGUGGGCUUGUCCUCUGUUUGUAAAUUAGUCCAUUCGCCUUUCUUUUUAUCAUUUCUGCAAAUAUAAGACUCCCUGGAUAAAGAAAUAUAAAAACGUUUAGAUCACUACUUUAGUUAUCUAAAUGCUCGUAUAUUUGUUUACAGAGGGAGUACAUACAAAUUUGAACCGUGUUAUAUUGAAUGUGUCAAUGUAAAUAGAUCUAAUGUUGAUAUAGUGAAUGUUUGAUUUGGAA